AUUAAACAACCUGGAUAAUAAGAUUAUUUUCUAUUUUUGCGUGAUAAGUACUGUCGAUCUUCUUAUCACCAUAUCUUAUAAUAUGAAAUGUUUGAUUCUAAGGUGCCUCCAUUGAAAAUUGUAAUUCCUCAAACUACGAGCAGUGAACAAGAAGGCACAACGGGUCGCAAUAGCAAGAGCAGCUCACAAAGGUCGCAGCAUGCGUUGCCGUACGUUGUUGCCAGUUCUGGAGGAGGUAAUGGUGACUCAAGCGAUAAGGACCAAUCAGCAACGUUUACAUCCGAGGGUGCCACCACCGGUGCUUCGAAAAGCAAUGAGGAAAAGAAAGAAGCUUCGGGCACUUCAGACGAGCCUCAAUCCCACACGGAAACGGAUCCCCAACAACCAUCGACCACCUCGACAACAUCCACAGCUUCCACAACGACGUCAUCCACGUCAACUUCCGCCUCGACCUCUGUGUCGACGACGUCCCCCGCCACCACUUCCGCAACGACAUCCUCUUCAUCAGCGUCCGCCCCCGCAGCUGCCCCCGUCGAGUUGCAUCCGCGCAAGCGCAAAAUGAAACAGAACAAAGAGCAGGCGAACGCUGCAGCGACUGGAAGCGGGAGUGCCGCAGGGAGCGCUUCGCAAGCCGAGCAGCCUGAACCCCCUCAAGAGGUGCAGAUACAUCCGCACGACCAGCCGAUCACGAAUUGCUAUCAGCUGUUUUUGAACAUUAGGAAGCAGAUUGCCAAGAGGAGACGUGGAUUGUUCCCUGUUCAACCAAAACCCCCGCAAGGUUUCAAAGACUACCUCAUGAACCGUUGUACGUACGUAUUAGCUGGUUCGCGCCCCACUACUCCAAACAUCAAUUAUCCACAAAAUUUGCCCCCACCAAUAAAGGAUCUCUUUACCGAGCAAGAAAAAGAGCGGUAUAGGUUGAGGACACAAGUAAGUUCUUCUGCAAUCAGUCACAAUUGGUUCUUUCCAACAAUCAAUGUCUGAUAGUAUCUAACGGUCAUUUCAGCGCGUAGCCAGGCAACAUCAUUGCAUUAAUAUUUAUGGUUGGGUGUAUUUGACAGUCUCUGAAAAGUUUCAAACGAAAGUUGUGGGAUUCCGAGGAGGCAAAAUGAUGGUGACAUUGACAAUGACCUUGACCACGACCUUUCAGGUCAUUUCAAGAUCAAGUGUACAUAUUUAUAUAGAACGCCUUAUUUUACACUGGAAUUGAAAAGAGGUUUACAUUUUUAAUCUGAAUGUGUCCAUUAGCAUGGCUUUGACUAUUUCCUACAAGGCUAUUUCAAGGUCUAAUCAAGACGUUGUAAAUAAUUUGCUCUAGCAAAAAUGUUCGACAGCACAGUUAUGUGGUCUAUGGGAAACACCCAAAUGUGACCUCGACCAGGAUCUUCAAGGUCCAGACAAAAUUUUCAAAGGGAACCUCUUAUUUUCACACUGUUAAUAGAAAAAUCAGAGAAUUUUACGUGCUAUUGUGACCUUCAAUUUCCCGCUUUUUCUAUUUCCAGUAUAAAAUGAGGUUUUUUUUGACAUUUUGACUUUACCUUGAAGGUCAUGAUCAAGGUCAUAUUUCGGUGAUCCUGGCAGCUGUGCUGUCGGAACAUUUUUACUAGAGGAAAUUGUUUUCGAUGUCUUUAUUUGAUGUUGAAAUGGCCUUGAAGGCAAUAAUCAAGGCCAUGGCCAAGGUGAUAUUCAGAUGUAAUAUUUCCUCGUAUUUUCAAUUUCAAUGUUAAAAUAUUAACAUGAUCUUAAAGGUGAUGAUCAACGUCACCCAUAAUUUUGGCCCCUUGAAAGCCUACAACUUUUGUUUAACACUUUUUCUAGAAUGCGUAAUUUUCAACAUAUUUAGUCGGAUUGAAAUGGGACACCAUGUAUAACAAAUUGAUCUCAAAAGUUUACUUCAAGAUCAUAUGCAUAGAAAACAAUAUAUAAUUAAAUUUUAAAUACCAAAUAUAGAGAUUAUGUAUUACCUUUGUUAUCUUUUGAAGCACCCACUUACCUACAUGUGUGUUAUACCUCCGAAACAAAGAAUUUUGUUUGUCAUCCACCAUUUACAGAUGUGGGCAGUGGUAAAUGAUAUUUUUUAUGUUGGUUGUAAAUAGAAGAGUAGCAUCACGGAUGUUUAUCAGGCUGUAAUAUGCGUAUAUUUUUUCAGCAUGUUAUUGAAAAAGAAAAGUUGGUGCUCUCAGUAGAACAAGAAAUUUUGAGGGUGCAUGGUAGAGCCGCUAGAGCGUUAGCAAAUCAAUCAUUGCCGUUUUCCGUAUGCACGAUUUUGAGGGAUGAGGAGGUUUACAACCUUAUCACACCAGAACAGGAAGAAAAGGAUAGGAAUGCGAGAUCACGCUAUAAUGGUAUCUAUUCAUUUAGUUUCAAGUUUACCUAAGAUUUUUUUUUUUGAUAAUCUGACCUUGAGCUUUAUUCGUGAGUUAUUCGUGAUCCAUACCAAAUACAUGAGAAGUAAACAUUUUUGGUUGCAAUGCGGAACUCGAAGUACAUUUUUGACGAGUGUGUGGUAGUGAUAUUUAUGUAUGAGGAAUAAGUCUCGGUUCAAGUAAGCACGUUAUUUUAACUUUUUUGUAGAAGUUUGAAUGUAGCAUAGUUCUACCAUAACUUUUCGGUACUGUAAAAAAAUGGACGUUGAAAAGCAAUGCAAUACCGUGCCUUCAAUUGAUGAAGUUACCAAGGGCGCUGACUUUUCGCAGUAUAUGAAUGAAGAACGAGG